CCUUAUAAGGAUUGUGAAUCUCCCAGAUUCGAGUUAAGUUUGAAGUUGUAACAAACAUCAAGAGCUGGUCUUCAGAAAUCAGUCAUCAUGGUUCACGUCGACAACGAGCAUGGUGUGCCGCACUACUGGGGCAAGACCGGUAAGGGUCUUCAAAGACUCAUCACUAUAGUCGCUACUACAGACUUUCUUCUCUUCGGUUAUGAUCAAGGUGUCAUGUCCGGUAUCAUUUCAGCUCCCGCUUUCACAGACGAUUUCCCCCAGGUUCUUGAUGAGACAUACGAAGGCUUCGUGGUCUCCAUCUACGCUGUCGGUUGCUUCCUCGGUGCUCUCUUCAUUCUCAACUUUGGUGACCGUCUUGGUCGUCGCAAGUCCAUCUUCCUCGGUGCUAUUGUUAUGAUCAUUGGUGUCAUUAUCCAGAUCGCUGCUGUUCCUCCUAGCGGUGGUGCUACGGCGCAAUUCAUCAUUGGAAGAUGUAUCACCGGUAUUGGAAACGGAAUCAACACAUCGACUAUCCCUACCUACCAGGCCGAGUGCAGUGAGUCUCACAACCGAGGCAAGCUCAUCUGCAUUGAAGGUGGUAACGUCGCCAUCGGAACGUUGAUCGCCUACUGGAUCGACUACGGCUGUACCUAUGGUCCCGCUCCCUUCGUCUGGCGAUUCCCCAUCGCUUUCCAGGUUGUUUUCGCCGGCAUUGUUCUCGUCAUGAUGAUGAAGCUUCCCGAGUCACCUCGCUGGCUCCUCACUCAUGGCCGCCGCGAAGAAGCCAUGACAAUUUUAGCAGGUCUCAACGGUCAGCCUCGUGAUUCCGCUGAUGUCACCACUCAGAUGGCCACCAUUGAGAAGGCUAUCGCUGCUGCUGGCCACAAGGGCGGCAAGACUCCCUUCUCUGCUCUCUUCACUGGCGGCAAGACUCAGCACUUCCGACGUCUUAUUCUCGGUGCCUCUUCUCAGAUGAUGCAGCAGCUCUCCGGUUGCAACGCUGUCAUCUACUACUUCCCCAUUCUCUUCCAGAAGUCCAUCGGUACCGAUCACAACCUGGCUCUCCUCCUCGGCGGUGUCAACAUGAUCAUCUACUCCAUCUUCGCUACAACCUCUUGGUUCGCCGUUGAGCGUAUCGGUCGCCGCAAGCUCUUCCUCAUUGGAACCGUUGGCCAGUGCUUGUCUAUGGUCCUCUCCUUCGGCGCUCUCAUCCCCGGUACUGCCUCUGCUUCCAAGGGUGCUGCCGUCGGUCUCUUCACUUACAUCGCUUUCUUCGGUGCCACUUGGCUGCCCCUCCCUUGGCUCUACCCCGCUGAGAUCAACCCUCUCAAGACCCGCGCGAAGGCUAACGCCACCUCCACCGUCUCCAACUGGCUCUGGAACUUCUUCAUCGUCAUGAUCACCCCGGUCAUGAUUCAUGGCACUGGCACCAACGGCUGGGGUACCUACGCCUUCUUCGCUGCCAUGAACGCCAUCUUCUUCCCCAUCAUCUACUUCUUCUACCCCGAGACUUCUGGUCGAUCUCUCGAGGAGAUUGACCUGAUCUUCGCCAAGGGCUACACUGAGAAGAUGAGCUACGUGACUGCUGCUAAGCAGCUUCCCCGCAUGGAGGAUCACGAGGUUCACGAGAAGGCUCGCGAGUAUGGCUUCGGCAGUGACGAUGACAUCAAGGUGUCUCACUCCGAGUCUGAGCGCGAGAACGGAGUCAUGACUGACUCUGCUGUCUAAGGUCGAACUGGCAUUCGACAUUCUGUUCCAGCUUGCUGGAACUAAACUUUUGCUUAUUAUCAUGAUUUGACGCAUCUAUAGAAGCUACGAUUGUAGCUAUGACCUUUUAGAUACUCCCAUGACUCUAGUAGUCUAGCAUGAAUACAUAUCUUAUAGAAACUACUGCCAACUGAUGUUUGUGGCUGUUUACCUGGG